UCAGUAUUUUCAACCUUGCAGGAUUAUCAUCAGACAGCAGGCUGAACACAGUCAACAUGUUCUCUGUCAAUAUGAUCCGCAGGUUGCGGCCGCGUGCUGUUUCUCACUCAUUCAGUUAUUAUCACGUGAUGGCCUCGCGACAUGCAGCGUCGCGCUCCGCGUGCUCUUUGAGAGGCCUGAGCGGUGAACUGCCGCGUGCUGACAGAAGUUCGCUCUGCGUCAGAUACACGCUACAGUCUGGCUGUCCAUCAUCACGUUGUCUCUCCACCACCAGCCACUCUGAGGAAGGGAACCUGAUUUACACCGGCAGCCUGGGCUCUGCUGUCCGAGGCGUGAAGAUGUUCUCUUACACCACCAGCGGGGCCAGUCUCUUCCUCAUGCCCCAAAUCCUUUUUAAGACCGGAGUGGGAGUCCAGAGCGUGGCCCUGCAGGCGGCUUUCUGCGGCGUCAUCGGCUUCUUUACCUUCCUCACCCCCGUCCUCCUCCACGUCAUCACCAAGGGCUACGUGAUCCGCCUCUAUCACAACCCGGACACGGACACCUACACCGCCGUCACCUACAGCGUCUUCCUCACAGAGAAGAAGACGGUGUUCCAUCAGAAAGAGGUCAGGAUCCCGGCCGUCAGUAAGAUGUUCACCACCUUCUAUGCUGACAAGGCGGGACUGCUGGUGAACCCAGACCUGUUCCUCCUCUCUCAGGACUACAACCACCUGAUGGGCUACGAUAAGCCCUUCAGCUUCCACUCAGACGACAUAGACAGACCUGAGAGCUGAAAGACUGAACACAGCUGUCUGUCAUUAGCUGCUAACUGUUGAAUGUACAGUCAGUAUUCUAUCUAAAAAAAGUGUGGAACAUCCAUGGAGAACUUUUAAAGCCAUAUUUUUUUGCCAGUUGUUUUUUGAUGAUGUUUAAUGUCAAUAAAUUAUAACUUCACUA